ACCUGGGACUUUUGCGUGUACGCGACGACCUGGUGCUUGGCGAUAGCUGCAACAAAAGUUCGAAAGGAAACUCUAAUCAGUAAAGGGAGAAUCAGUUGUUAACAAAAUAAUAUGCAAAAGACAGCACGCCAUGAGAGAACUAUUUCCCAUGCCAUACAUAACCCAACCCAUGAUAGAAUUAAUUCUAUCAUGACCCAACCCAAGCGUAGAAGAGAGAGAGCAACCAAGACAGAGAGUGGGAUCUUUCUGAAAUGACUUGACUUGACUGUUUUUAAAUUUUUGAUCUUAGUUGGCUGCAAGGCAGCGUAAAUUUAUAAAUGAUGUGCUUUCAAAGUACUAGUAUCUAGAGUCUGGCCGCACUCAUACAGCAUACGGUUUAAUGGAGCGGGAUCGUGAUAAAUACCCGUUGCAGAUUCAAGUGAUGCAGGCUGUUGCUGGGGCCAUGACCGGAGCCAUGACGCGGGUUGUUACGCAUCCGUUUGACGUUCUGAAAAUCCUCUUCCAGGUCCAGGUUGAGCCACUCAGCGACAGGAGCAAGUGGAAGUACCGCGGCAUCUUGCAGGGCUUUCGCAAGCUAUACGCCGAGGAGGGAGCCCGGGGCCUGAUGCGCGGCCAUUCCUCCGGCCAGUUUAUGAGCAUCUCCUACGCCAUUGUCCAGUACUGGUCCUACGAGCGAUUUCGGAACUUGACGCGCACGGUGACUUACCUGGAGGAUCGUCCCUCGCUGCGUCACUUCCUCUGCGGCGGCUUUUCGGGUUGCAUGGGCGCCAUGGCAUCCCAGCCCUUCGACGUUGUCCGAACAUUGGUGGUGGUAGUGGAUCCGAACUCCAAGCGCAGUCGCAUGAAUCCGCUGGAGGGAGUUCGGAUGGUGUAUCGCAAGUUCGGCUUGAGGGGCGUGAUGACGGGGCUGCCCUUUACCAUGGCCGAGACGUUUCCACUGGUGGGCUUUAACUUUCUCAUCUACAAGUACCUCAACUCGUGGGUGCUGGCGGGGAAGGAACACCAAGAAUGCCGGGUUCAUUCGGCCCGGACAGGGCUGUGCACAGAUAUCCACGGCGGAUAUCUGUUCGUGAAUGGCGCCCUGGCCGGAGUGGUGGCAAAGACGCUGAUCUAUCCGGUGGACCUGCUCAGGAAGCGCAUCCAAUUGGUGAGCCUCAACCAGGAUCCCCAUGGCUCACGAAGCAACCCCGACUGCCCCACGGUGCUGCAAUGCAUUUGGGCCACAUUUCGGACGGAGGGCUUGCACGGAUUCUACAAGGGAAUAAUACCGACUUUAAUCAAGUCGGCACUGACCAGCGCCUUCUACUUCACCAUCUAUGAUCUGGUCAACCGUCGGUUCAUCGAGCCGCGCAAUGAGUAGCCGCAGACGGGACAAAGAGACUCCCCAGUUAUAUGGAAUCUGAUCUUGAGUUAUGCCUUAAUUUUUUUUUUUACAAAUAAUGAUCUAAAAUAUCGGAGUUUAUAUUA